AUGCAAGUGUACACAGGGAAGGCCGCGGCCACAGAUGCAGCUGCAGCUGCGGGUGGUGGAGGAGGAGGAGGAGGAGGAGGAGGAGGAGAAGAAGACCCGGGCCCACGCGCAGCAGACCACGGCCCGAAAAAGAACCUGGGCAUGCGAGUCGUGCUCGAUGUCACCGAGGGACUGAGGGAUCGCAACGUCACCUGCAACAAUUUCUCCACCUCUUACGAACUCGGGCAGCAGCUGCUGAAAAGGAAGAUGACCAUGGUCGGCACCGUUCGAAAAAACAAGCCCGAGCUCCCGCUCGUGCUGCUCUCGCCGAAGGGAAGAGCGGUGUUCUCGUCGAAAUUCGCCUUCAUGUCGACCACUACCGCAGUCUCUUACGUGCCCAAGAAAAACAAAAACGUGCUGCUGGUUAGCACGAAGCACACGGAGGCCGAAGUCAGCGACCGCCGCGACAGAAAGCCGGUCAUCAUACUAGACUACAACCGCUGCAAAGGAGGUGUCGAUAACCUCGACAAGGUGAUUGGAACCUACAGCUGUAGAAGGAUGACGGCUCGCUGGCCCUUGGUCGUGUUCCACAACAUCCUCGAUGUUUCCUCCUACAAUGCCUUUGUGAUAUGGAGAGAACUAAACCCCGAAUGGAUGCCUCAGAAGCGGAACAAGAGAAGGGUGUUCCUAGAGCGGCUGGGAAAGGCGCUGGUGACUCCGUUGAUAGAAAGAAGGGAGCGUCUCCCUCGCACAGAAGCGUCAGCGGCAGUCGUCCGAGGCGUUCGGAGGGCCGUGUCUCGAUCUAGGACUCGCGGUGAGGGCGAGGACGCGGAAGUAACAGAAGCCAGCGGAGCGGCGUCAGGAGCAGAUGACCCGACCGGGGCGAGGAAGAGGAAGAGGUGUCAGUUUUGCCCGCAGGCAAAGGACAACAAAACUUCCACUGUGUGCAGCGGGUGUAAGAAAUAUAGCUGCAAAAGUUGCUCGCUCCCAUACUGCGCUGAGUGUGCUGCUGAGAAUUUGGAGACGGAUUGAUUGACGCCAAAACACACAUUAUUAUUAUUAUUAUUACUAUAUGUGUGUGAGUCUAGCCUGCCUGCCUGCCUGCUUGGGUGUGCGUGUAUGUGCGUGUGUGUGUGUGUGUGUGUGUGUGUGUGUGUGUAUAUAUUUCCACAUUGGGGGGACAGUGUGACCCCAUGAGACGUGGGAUGCAGUCAGUUGAACUGUCCACAACCGGGGUGACUAGUUUUAGAGGCAGAGAGGCAGCCUGGCAGGACUGCAUCAGAAUAGGAAAUACUUAUGACUUUCCAAAGAUGAAAAUGUCACAGGAACUGCUUAAAAGACAUGAGAGCAUAAUGAACAGCGAGGACUCGGACAUUGAGGUUGUUUGUGGCGACAUGGGUAAAAAGCUACACUUUAACCCCGUUAGAGCGGCAGUGGCAUUACAGCUGUGCAGAAAGCUUAAGGUAGACUGUAGACAGCAGUAUAGCAAAUUCACGGAUGUUUGUGAAUUAGGAGCUCCUUGUAAGAAUGUGAAGAUUAAAAGUGAUGGGAAUUGCUUCUUUAGGGCAGUCAGUGUAGCUGUGAGCGGUACCGAACACCAUCACGGAAGAAUAAGAGAAGCUGUAGUGAAUCACUUGCAAAGCAAUGAAGCUGCAUAUGCCAACAUUCUGAGAAGGGGUUACCUUUCGGUGUCAGACUACAUUGACGCAUCUAAAAUCAGCUCUCUAGGAAGUUGGGCAACAGAGGUUGAGAUUCAAGCAACAGCAGAUUAUUUGGGUGUCAACGUAUUCACAUAUUACACUGACCGUUGGUUUCAGUACAGUUGCAACAGUGUUCGGGUCUCUAAACAGGGGAUUUAUUUAGCAAAUAGCAGCAGCCAUUAUGAGACCGUCAUUUGUGUCACAAGUCCUCUGAAGCAGUCUUGUCAUGGCUACUGCAAAGUAGCAGUAGUUGCAUCAGAUACAUCCAAUUGUCUGACCUCAAAUUCUGCCUAUGCUGAUUCAACAUCUCGAUCCGAGAUUGCUUCACCGUCACCGACAUCGAUUCGUCCAGAUAAUACAGUGUCUGUGAAUGACGACGACUACUGCGAAAAGGAGAGCGAUGAGCGCAAGGAGGGGUCCCGCCGCUCUGAUGAGCAUAAGACUGCAAGGGACUUGACGGGCACAAGUGACCACGAUGUUGAUUUUUACCGAGAUACUGACAGUCCUCGGAGCCGCUAUGAGUAUGACGAUUACCGCAGUGACACUGCAGAGCUAGAUGUUGAAGGACACUUCAGUGAAGAUUAGGCCUGGGAGAAUAAUCCUGAUGAAGAGUAUGACCGCUAUGGAUGGCUAUCAAGGAGACAUGUAGAAAAUUAUAUCGUUGAAAAUAUGGAGCAUCGUCCCUAUGGCGAUAGCCUUGUAACUCCAGGUGACAUGGAGGAUACCACGGAAGCUGAUUUACCACGUAACAGCUUUGUGGAUCAGUGUGAACUUUUCAACCACUCUGAUGAGCAUCAAACUCCGAGGGACUUGAAGGGCACGAGUGACCACGAUGCCGACUUUUACCGAGAUUCUAACAGUCCUCGGAGCCGCCAUGAGUAUGACGAUUACCACAGUGACACUGCAGAGCUAGAAGUCGAAGGACACUUCAGUGAAGAUGAGGCCUGGAGGAAUACUCCAGACGAAGAGUAUGAUCGUCGUGGCCUGCUAUCAGAAAGACACGUAGAAGGUGACAUUGUUGAAGACGAGGAGUAUUAUCCCUACAGUGAUAGCCUCGGAACUCCAGGUGACACGGAAGAUACCAGUGAAGCUGAUUUACCACGUAACAGCUUUAUGGAUCAGUCCGAACUUUUAAACGAUGAGAUCUGUAUCGUACUGUGGGAUUGCGAUGAAGAAGUUGAAGAGGAGUUUGGCUCAAAUAACCGCUAUGCAUCUACCUGCCGCUGGACCGAAUUGCAGGAAUCGUGGAAAUCGUUUGUCAGUUGGCUGGGUGAGCGCUGGUGGGGCUCGGUGUCAGAAGAGUCUGUCAGGACCUUCAUGGAUACAUCUGAGAGACGUCGCAUCGGGGAUAUCCUUGUCUCGGCGUGCUUCGGUGACAUGCCCGGGGGAGUUUGUUCUUUCACAGUGAAGACUGAAAGUGGCCUGCUGUCAUUUCCUUUGCUUAUACGUCAAAGAUGCUACGUAUGUGCUGACUUGGUGGAAGGUGAUUUUUCGUGUCCGAUCAACAUGUUGAGAAACCUGGUCCGUGAAACCUACACACACUUGCUCCCCCGACCCACAACAAUACCUUCCAAUCCCCAGUACUUUUCUCUUACACGGGUAGUGGAUGAUAUGUGCAGCGUUUUAGAUUUGCUGAAAAAAGUGGAUGGUGUGACGUUUCCCAACCCCAUCGCAUAA